CCAAUGUAACAUCAAUUUGGUAUUUUUUGACUCUACGCUGCCCAACACUAAUCGCCGCUCUCUGCUCUCCGCUCCGCACAGUUUCAGUUUUACCCAAGAGCAAGCAAUUUGGAGCGCGCGAAGCCUAAUCUAAAUUUUAGUGAAAAGCAUUAACUGACGCCUAAUUCAUAUAAAUAACAGCCGCAAACAGUGCCAGGCUAAGCGUUAAAGUGCAAUAUUAACGAGGCAAAACCCGAAAACAGUGGAAAAAACCAACAAAACACAGGGCCAUUGGCGAGUGUGUGUGUGUGGUACAGUUGGGUAGAAAAACAUCGCCGUCGCUGGGUUGCCACCUGGUUGUCGGCUCUCCAUCAAUUGGUGCCACCACUUUUCAGCCUCUGCAGUUGUGCAUCUUUCCGAUUUUUUGUAAUCUUCAAAAGGCAUUUGUCCGCGCGCUAAUAGAAAAGGAAGUAUCGUGGAUAUCAGUUGCAAAUUGCAAGCAUAGUCUGAUUGCAGCCCUCUGAACGCAGCAGGAAAUAUUAAACGGCAGUGUGCGGGCAUUGCAAAAGCGCAGGCAGAGAGCGAACGAGCGUAAAAGAGAGCGCGUUGUGAAAGUGCUUGGCAAAAAGAAUCCCAUUAAUAGUGAAAACUCAAACGCCCGAGAAAAUGUAAAGCUAUUUUAGCUAAGGCUAACUCCAUGAAAGAUGCGAGCUGGGAAAAAACUAGGAGCUGAAAGCGGAAAGACACGUCCUUGCAUCGUCUACUUGAAGAAUCUGCGUGAGGAGGCAGAGCCCGCCGGCGGCAGACUGAGAAAGAAAGAUACGCGGGAGCUGCAGCUCCAGCAGAAGCGGGAACAGACGCUGCGAGAGACACCGCGUCGCGCCGGUCGUUCCGAGGCAGUAGCAAUCCAGAAGAAGCCAUUAGCUCGAACGCGGCAAUCAGUAGCCGCCAAAUCUCCGGCAGCAGCCGUCGAAAGUCCCCCGCCCCCAAAGGCCACCAGGGCUACGACAGCGACGACGCCCGCCACCGUCAUGGCAAAAAGACGAAGCACUUUGGUGAUGGGUAAUUCUCACCAAAAGUUGACGGGCAUCGGUUUGCGACGCGGCACCCAAACGGAGACGCAUGCCACUCCGAAGAUGUAUAAGCAGGCGGUUGCCAAGCAUAUGACGCCCAGUAGUCCGCCGCCCACCAUUGCGGCCAGCCGCUCCAGGCGCUCGAUCAAGCCGAAUCCAAAGUACGCUAGCGAGGAUUUGGUCACGCCCAAGUAUAUGGCAUCCCUGGCCGGCGAAAGCACACCCGUCUCUAGCGCAUCACGCCACCGGUCACAGGCGAAGCCGUCGUACGCCGAAAUAAACGAUCUGUUGGAUUUGGACGAGGACAAUGACGAUGAACUGGCUGAUGCCGCAUUCAAUCCGCAAUUGCACAAGUCCGACGAGGACGACGAUGAGGAGUUUAUCAGUGACGGGGAGUUUGAGCAGGAGUUGCGUCUCGAGAAGCUGCCGGUGGCGAAGCGCGGACGUGGACGUCCACCGAAGAACAAUAAUGUGAAGACGCCCAGCUCUGCGGCUGCCGCUGCCUCCACUGGCGCCGCUUCAAACCGAGUGUUUCACAAAUUGGAAGUAAACUCGGGACAGGGACGCACCGCACCCGCUACCACUAUGCAGCAGCUGCGUCGCACCUUGACCGGGACAUUGGCCCGGAAUAAUGCCAGCAUGAUGGCAGAUGGAGGAGGAGGAGUCGGAGCGAAACGGAAGCUGGAGGCUAGUGAAAGUGAAAGUCCCGUUGCUCGCAAGCGUCUGGUUAUUUCCUCGGCUGGUGGCAGCGGCCAACGCAGUGUGCCAGUGAUUAAUGGCGUCACGAAGAGGAGUACAACGCCCAUCUCAAGGUCCAAGGUGGGCGGUGCCAGCAACACGUCGAGAAUGCAACCACAGCGGUCGGCCGGUGCAGUCUUCAAGGUUAAUCCCGCCACGCCCACAACAACCAUACCGAAUGCUACGAAUUCCAGCACACGCUCCACAAGAGGCGGAACCGGUGGUGGAUCAGGCACAGCAACUGCAAGCGAAGCUUCACCGAAAGAAGAGUCUGAGGCCACAUUCACCAUAGUCAACAUCGAUGACAUUAUGAAUCAGGACGAUGUGCUGAUCAGCAGAGCCAACACUGCUCUUGCUGCGGCAGCCGCCAGAGCAGGCGGUGCUAGCAAAAAACUUGCCAAGGGUAGGCUUAGGAUUAAAGACAUCCUUUCCACCAGCAGCACAAUCGGAGCGGCAUUAGAAAAGAAGUUGUCGAGCAUGGAGAAAUCGACGACGGUAUCGAACAGCAGCAGCAUUCAGGCGGCUAAGCGAUUAAAGAUCCUGGCAAGCAAUAGCAAUAGCAACAGCAGCGGAAGCGCCACCAAGCCAAGAGCUGCCAGCCAGACGGCAACUGUGGCAUCCAAGCCCCGGCCGCGCAUACUCAACGCAGAGAUGGGCAAGAAGACUCAGCCGAUGAAGCCACUAAUGAGCAUGGGCAAGGAGCUGUGCCCCACGGACGUGGACACUGAGGAGGAUGAUCCCGAUCCAGACCUGGACUUGGACCUCGACCUCGAUCUCGAUGAGCCACCCGCAUCGAUUGUAACCAGACGCACUCUUAGGCAGGCACCAGGAUCAGCACCAGCAGAGACAGGAAACACGGCAGCAUCUAACAAGUGGAGCAGCAGCACCAGUCGGCGCAAAGUGCUCGCCACGACAGCAUCUACGGCAAAUGUCCGACCGGAGAAAAGAGUAACCAAGCUAACCGAUGACCACGAUGAGCCGGCAGUGUUCAAGAAGCCCGGCGGAAGUCCGCAGCUUCGCAGCAAGGAAAACCAUCAGCAGGAGCAGGGCGACAAGGAAGAGGCGUCGCCAAAGAAGGACACCGCCUCAACUGCUACCGCGGGAAAACAGUCCAGCCCCUCGUCUACGGUCCUCAGCAGCCCGCAAAAAUAUUUUCCCCCGGAGACAACCAUCUUCUCGGAGGAGGAGGGGCGCUUGGUAAAGAAGAUCACAUGCUAUGAGACGUGGCAUGUGAUCAACUUGCCAACGGAUUCGCCCACGUCGGCACGACAGCAGCGCACCUGCCUGGAGCUUGCGCUCGUCAAGCUGGCUAAUGUGGCCUCUCGGCUCAAGGUGCCCUCCUCCAAAUGGAGCAGCAAGGUGACCCUGUAUAAGGUCUCGCCCACGCUAAUGCAGCGCCAAUCAAUGACCAUAUUCACCGGUGAUCUGAAUGCCUACAACAUACCCGAGGAGGAUCGUCACAAGUACCAGCCGUCGUGUGUUCUAUUUCGUCGCACGGCGGCGGACAGGACCAAGUCUCGUGUGCCCUACGACCGCGCCAUUAUCUUCAAAAACAAGUGCUUCUAUGCCAACAUCGAUGGCAAACAAGUGAAUCUGCUGGGUGCCCCGGAAUCGGUUGUCACCGUCAAGGAGGUGGAGAUAUUGCUGGACAUUGUCGAUCGACUGACGCUCAAUAGCAAUCUGGUGGAGAUGGUAAACACCAAGUGAAGUAAAAGGACAAUUAGGAAUCGUAGUACAUACUGUAAAAAAUAAUUCACAUACACAUCCCCCCACACACACACACAUACUACACACAAAAAUAUGGACACACACCAAUUGGUUUUAUGCGUAAGCAAGAACCACAAACGGAAACUGUAAACGUUUACAACCUUCUUUUUUUUUGUAAAACCAUUAACUUAGUUUUAAAUUUUAGUCU